AAUAUUUCUAAUUUAUUGGGGUUCGCAAACAUGACAGAGUACGACUACUCUCCGGAAGCUUAUGAGCAACACCUUGCCACUCAACUCAGAAUUUCUCGCUGGGCAGAAGCCAAUAGUCAGUACCCCGCAAAAAACCCCUUCGCGACACCUGUAGCUUCCUCCGUCGCUACCUCCCGCCCCUCCACCCCUCAUCGCUACCAACGUCAUUUGGGUCUCGAAGCUAGUCUUCCACAUGGGUCCCCUUCCAUUCAUUCCAGCGAUUCACGCCACACCAAGAAUUCUCGUUCAACUCCUCACACUCCUUCUUCUCGUUCCAGGUCUCGUUCCAGGGCACAUGCUCCGCAUGUCGAGUCAACCCCGCCUCCAGUCCCGCAGAAGGACAGCAAGACCAAUCUUGCAUUAAAAUAUCGUCGUCAAACGCCUUACUAUCCUGAUCACCCUGUUCCGGCCAAUGCCACCUCUCAUGCUCCUUCGUCUGCCACCCAGGUCGCGGCGGAAGGACAAGAACUAGGUUAUAUUCCAAGCCAACCCACUCUCCCUGAAGCGCCAGAGGCUAACAAGUACUCACGCUCCCAUGGUGCCCAGUCUCACUCCUCGUCGCUCAGUCGGUCAAACCUUCGUCGGAUGCAGAGUCAACCAUUCCCGUCUAAUGAUCAGGGGCUUCCCCCGAUCGCCAACAUUCCUUACCCACCGCCUUACACUGAGACUUCAACGUCCUGGUAUCGCCCACGAACCAAGAGCCAGCCCGAUCACCUCGCGAAGGGAAAGUCUCAGGGCUCUUACCCAGCUUCGCCUAAGCUCGACUUAAGUGGCUAUACCAGCCCGGCAACUUAUGAUCCAGCUGGGAAGCCACUCGCAUCAAGCCCAUACACACAAAUGAAUCCGCAGGGUUCUUACCCAGUCCUCCCUUUCCAGACGAAUGGUUAUCCUUGCCCGACAUCUCUUGAUAUGUCUGCAGCUGUUCCUGGUUACACUACUGUCUACCCAGACCCCACUCGCUCGACGCGCAUCAAGUCUUCCUCUAAACAUAGCACGGUCGUUCCGAUCAAUGGUGGGAAGGACGGCUACGUUGUUCUUCCCGCGAGCAGGACGAGAGCCAGGGUAUACAUCAAUCCCCCCACGGAGCAGAAACAGGAGCUUCCGCUGUACCAAGACGAGAAACAAGCUCACAUGUACAGGAUGGCCCCUGAAGUGUUUGAGGACAAUCAGGUUAAGCCCAAGAAAAGUAAGGGUUUGCUUGGGAGGCUUCGGGGCGGUUUUUCGUCCUGUGCGGAUUUGAGUGGCAAAAAUUAA